AUGCAGCGGUGGCCAUCCGUGCGCCUCUUGUCAAGCUGGCCAUACUUCGUGUGUCUACGAGCGAAGCACCCGCUUCAGAGCUGGACGCCGUUCUUCACCGUUCCGGACCCGUCAACAUGCCCUGCGUCGUCGGAGGGGCACCUGAAUCUCUCCCCAGUAUCGCUGAACUCUUCACCCCAGGCCAACGGUGACAUCGGUCCUCAGCCCCCUAGACCCGGUAGCACCAACUACUACCUAAACUUGGCGCAAGAGCUUCUCAUCAACUCCCGCUCAGCAAAUGAUGCAGGGUUGCCGGACGUGCCUGGGGGGUACUCCCCAGCCACAACACUUCGGGAGCUGAUAGCGAAUCGGUCCAAUGCCACUCUAGGGGACGUGUUCUCCAGAGUAUCUUGGGCUCAUUGGCUCGCGUUUAUUGAUAUAUACGAAGACGAGAUUGCUCUCAUGUACCCAUUUCUGAACCUUGAAAACCUGAGAUACUCGGCAAGCCCUGCUAGUCAGGGCGGACCCGUCAACGUUGGGGCCAUCGGCUUGGACGGGCAACGAUGGAUUCCCGACGGCCACAUUGAAGUUAUGUUACUUCUCCUUGUGGUGGUAGCGGUCCUUGAAGAUCCUGAGGUGAGCAAGAUAUCCGACGGAUUCACAGAGGACAUUAUGAUGAACACACGGCGGAGAACCUACGCUGGGGAUGUUGGAGAGCAUGAUAUCGAGUUGAACAUCCUUAUUAGCAUCUAUUACUUCAUGACAGAUCGAGAGACUCUGGCAUGGAGGACGGUAGGCCACGUCGUAAGGAUGUUACAAGAACUAGGCUAUCACAACUCCUCGAAUCUGCAGCAACGGUUCAGGUCAGAUGAAGCCAAACGUAGAGCGAAGAAGGUUUUCUGGUCAGCAUACAUGCUCGAUCGCCGGUGGAGCUUUGGGACGGGUUUACCAUUUGGGAUACUGGACUCAGACAUUGAUUAUGACGUCGAUGUGAUGGACGAUACGCUGCCUUCAGCCUACCUCAAAGCCAUGGUAGCCUACUGUCGCAUAGCUUCGGAAGUUCGAGACUCAGGACUUGGAACAGUCUCAACAAGUCCCGUAAAAGAUGCAGCACGCGAUCUAGCUGACUUCAGAAUUGUCGAAUGGCGGCGUAAUUUACCUUGCGGGUUACACUUUACCCCAGACGAGAAAUUCGAUCCUAUGAAGGAGUCUAGAGGGCAGUACCGGCUUCGCCUGGUCCUCUAUCUCCGAGCAAACCAGAUGAGGACGGUGAUACAUCGAAAGUCAGCACUUCGAUCAGGAACCGGCCAUAUCAAUACAUCUAGUGUCAAUGCCAUGGUCGGGGUAGCGCAAGAUACGAUACGCAUUCUGGCUGACCUUGUCAAGACAUCCAACAUCUACCAAACGCAACAGAAAACAUUUAAUCACUUUCUCGAGUCAGCUCUGUCAUCUCUUCUCCUCAUCACUUGCUGCUCCAAGAGUUCAGUGGACCGAUCAUGCCUGAAAGAGGUGAAGCUGGCAAUGAGCCUAGUACAAAUGUUAUCAAGCACAUCAUCCAUCACGAGGAGGCUACGAGAUCGGCUGCAAUUUGUUGCAGGAAUAGACACCGAAGACAUGGAAAAUGUCAUGCUGGCUUCGGGUGUCGGAUCAUCAGUAGCAAGGCCGCUGGGGGUAGAUGCCCAUAGCAGUACUCAGGAUAUGCCAUCGCCAAGUACGAAUCGAACGAGCGCAUCUGUGGCUUCAGUAGAGACCAGAAAUGGUUCCACACGCGUCACUCAAGAUCAACAUUCGGGAAACAGCCGGCCACUCCUUUUCAACGAAGGGAACCCAGACCCCAACUAUGGGCGUAUAGGCCGGUAUACCCCGCCCGCACUGGAUGUGGAUGUAGUGUCCAUGGCGCCACUUUCGGAAGGCUUCAUGCCAUUAGGCAUGGACUCGACGUAUCCAAUGGGUCUUGCUUUUCCAGAUGGCUCAGAGGCCUCUAUAGCAAAUCUUCCAGACACUUUUUUCGAGAAUCUUGGGGAGGAUCUUACUGAGAUACUUACGGACUACGAUAGGCUCUUCGCAUUCUGA